UUUUGACAGAAGCGCGUCGCUUUAAGAAAAUAUUGUGAAUUUCCUCAUUUAUUUGUUGUUAAUCGAGAUAGGAUUAGAAAAUAACUAUUUUUAAGAUAUAAUACUCGUUUUUGGUGAAGAGAUAGUACGUUUUUUUCGCGAGGUGAAUUCACCAUCUCACGAUGAGUGUCAUCAUUCGGCUGCAGAAUUUGCCGUGGUCGGCGAACGCUUUGGACAUCCGCCAAUUUUUCUCCGGUCUCAGCAUUCCCGAGGGAGGAGUUCACAUCGUUGGAGGAGAAUUGGGGGACGCUUUCAUCGCUUUCAGCACCGAUGAGGACGCGAGGCAGGCUUUCAACCGCACCGGCGGUAAAAUCAAAGAGAUUCAGGUCAAACUGUUGCUUAGCUCGCGGACGGAGAUGCAAAAAGUCAUCGAAGCGGCCAGAUCUAACACGUACGCAGCCUUUCAGCUGCCCGGUACACCUCUACCCGCAGCUGUUCCGCCUGUAAUGCCUGCAGCCAUUCCGGAAAUCAAAAGAGAGGAUAAAAGGCGGUCGAGAGAUAAUAAGAGGCGGUCGAGGUCCAAGUCUAAGGAGAGGUCUAAAGAGAGAUCUAGGGAUAGACGACGUAAUAGGGAUAGGUCUAGGACUAGGUCUAGGGAUAGGAGGGAUCGUCGCCGUAGAGAGAGGAGCCGCACUAGGUCUAGGGAUCGCGAUCGUAGCGAUAGAAGGAGUAGGGACAGCAAAAAGGACGAGAGGAAGAAACCUGAGGUGCAGCAAGUAUGGGCGAAUCCUCCCGAAGUCGCCAUGCAAAACUUGCAAGCCAGUUUGCCCGUAUUUGCGACUAGAAGCGUCGAUUUAGCUGCAGCUGCCUCUCUCCUUUCGGCUACUAACGGUUUUCCCAGCAGCGCGUUCAGCAACCCCAUAGCACCCAGGCAAGAACCGUGGGGUCAAAGCAACUUCAUGAACCAGCCGAGUUUUAUGAACCGCGAUUUCCUCGCCAACCCCAACGGCAACAACCAGCAGCAGCAGAGACUGAACCCCAUGCUAAAUUUGGGCGGCAACGGUACGCAAAACCGCAGCAAUAACAAACCCCACAACUAUCAGAACAGUCAGGACGGCUACGACGAGCAAGCGGACGACUACGCGGUGGACUGUUGCGUGGAAGUGCAACCGUUCUUCGGGGGUUACGGGGAGAUCCGCAGGUUCUUCCAGGGGCUCUUCAUCAGCAACAGGGGCAUCAAGUUCAUAAACGACGGCCAGGGUCACAGGACCGGCGUGGCCUACAUCCAGUUCGGCCACGCGCAAGGCAAAGACGACGCGAUGAAGCGCGACGGCGAACUCCUCAACGGCUGCAAAGUGCGGGUGAGUCACCUGAACGACGAUGAGUUCGACCGCGCCGUCGACAGAUUCACGCCGGCCGACAGUUACAGCAACCAACGCGUGGAAGACGACAACAGCCCCAAUUUCAGGUCGAAAAAUAUCACCAAGUACUUCAACAACAAGAACAGUCGCGUCCAUAAUAACGAGCCCGAGUUGAAGGAGUUUCAAUGCGUCACAGUCGACGAUCUUCCGACUUACGUCAAAGAGCAGGAUAUCCUCCACAUGUUCUCUUUGCAUCCGUUGUUCUCUUUGAUACUGACAACGAAACCGCGAGGUGGCAACAUCGCUUACGUUAAGUUCAGUACGAAGGAGGUCGCUCAGAAAGCCUAUGAGGAAAGACAGCAUCAUUUUGUCAGCGGUAAGCAAGUCAGCGUGAGGCCUUGCACCGAAGAGGAUUUCGAGUUCAUCAACAAACAGCACGAUGUAGAUAUUAGCGGAAGUAAACCCACGGAAAAAAUUGAUUGUAUCGUGUUAACCAGACUCCCUCCCAACUCCAACGAUAGAGAUAUAGCGGAUUUCUUCUCGGAUAUCGGAGUAAUACCUUCGAAAGUCCAUUUGGUUAACGGACCAAUGGGUUUCACCGGUCAAGCUUUCUGCGAGUUUGAUUCCCAAGAUCACACAAAUAAAGCCCUGAAAAAAGACGAUACCGUCUUCGGUAACGUACAAAUCUCCGUUAAACCGUCCACAAGAAAAGAAAUGCUCGCCGCUCUCGGUCAAAACAUCGACCAAAAACCAUCCCCAACCCUCCCACCACCGCCAAUAGUAAACCAAAACAGACCCAUGGUAAACAUCGACAACAAACCUCCGAGAAUGAACAUGAAUCCUAGGAUGCAAUUCCCCAAUCAGCGUCCCUUCUUCAACCGCAACAACUUCGGCGGCGGUCCGAAUUUCGUUCCGCGGGGCGGCCCUCGGUUCGGCCCCAGAGGCGGCGGACCCAGAUUCAGAUUCAACGGUCCGCCAAUGAACCACGGGAACAUGGAAACGCCCAUGGCCGAUAUGGAUAACGCGGAAGACGCCCCACCAGGCUGCACUGUAUACAUGGAUAACGUACCCUACAAAGCCAGCACCAACGAAAUAUUAAACUUCUUUGAGGGUUACAAUGUUACCAAUAAUGUAAGUAGGAGAUACAACCCCAAUAACACUCCAAGUCCAGAAGCAAAAGUUGUUUUCCACACUCCAGAGGAAGCAAACAGAGCAAUCCUGGAAAGAAAUGGAGGGCAAAUAUGGGACAGGCAAAUAUACCUUACCCAAGCAUAAUAAGUUUUAUUCGUCGUGACUACUAUAAAAGUGAAUGUGUAUAAAGUACAAAUGUUGAAUUAAAGUGUUAGGAGUAGUUUUAUAUAAAUUGUGUAUAUAAAGUUUAUUCUACUAUAUUAGUAGCAUGCCUGUAACAUACUGUAUAUGAGUUAUACAAUAUAAGCAAAGAACUGAG